AUGGGGUAUGGCAUCACAUCUGCCUUUCUUGGGAAAAAAAACUUAGGAUCGUGGAAAUUCUUCAAAGAUGGCUUCCUAAAACAAGAAGACACAAGCUUCAAGAGAGGUCACACGAUACGACAAGGUGGCACCCUGGUGCUGGGACAAGAGCAAGACUCGGUCGGUGGUGACUUUGAUGCCAGUCAAUCUUUCCAAGGAAUGUUAUCGUAUGUCAACGUAUGGGAUCGAGUGCUUUCUUCUACACAAAUCAAAGAGAUGUCACAGUCUUGUCUUCCAGAUGAACGGAACGAAGGGAAUAUAUACAAAUGGACCGAUUUUCUACGCCAAGGAGGCUCAAAGCUCGUUGAACCAUCUCCCUGUCUGCCGUUUACAAGUUUAGGUCGGUGA